GGCGUGAGAUUCCUUUCUGUGUUGAUUAAUUUCAUUGCAGGAAAUACAAAGUUCAGGAGACAGAAACACAGAGAAGAUGAGCUACUUUUGUGUGUGCAAGUACAAUAAUCUUGUGAUCAUGCUAGUAUUCUUGGUGUUCUUCUUCGGGACGUCGGGGGCUGCUGGAAGAGAGAGCUUGCUGCCAGAGCUGUGGAGCCGAGAGGACAUGGUGCAAGGAGCUGGAUAUGGAGAGGAGAAGCUCUCAACGGUGCUGGUUACAGGCACUGUUCUUUGUCACGCUUGUCUGGAUAAAGAGUCUCAGAAUCCUUCAUUGCCCAUCUCAGGUGCUUCAGUAUCUGUUACAUGCCAUGCCAGUGGGAAGAAAAGGAGAUCAACUUUGGCACAAGGAGUCACAGAUGAAAAUGGAGAUUUCAUCAUCGAUCUUCCUUCUGAACUUCAUGCAGUUCCAAACUUGGAGAAGACAUGUUCAGUUGAAGUUCAUCAGCUGCCAAGGAACUCGCUCUGCCAACCAGGUUUUGUCAGGAAACACAGAGGAAUAAGAUUAUCAUCAGUUGGGAAUGGCAUACGGACAUACACAGCAAGAACGAUAAGUUUCAUGGACCCGAAAUCAAAGCCUUCACCAGCUUCCAUGAAGAAGAUGGCUGGUAAAGAUGAGAUGUCAUGGUAGACACCUUGGACCUACUUAUUAUGAACAUCGCUCUGACAACUCAUUUGGAUGGCGCUUCAGUCACAGCAUUGAGUGCUUGUAAAAAAAUAAAACAAAUCGUAAAAAUACAGAGGAUGAUGGUGAUAUAGCGUAGAUGUAAAUUCAAUGUUUUGCUAUAUGUUGAGCUUGAGUAACGGCCAAUCAUUAUAAUAAAGAUGUUCUUCCACAUGGGGGAAGAAACUGUUUACCA